GUCGGUGCGCUCCAAGAUGGCGGCUUCCAGAGCUCCGUAUCGCACAUCAGCGCGUUUGAGAGCCGAAUAUCUCUACCUCCCGACGGUUUAAACUCCCGGGGAGGCAGACCAGAAAGAGCCGAGCGGGGUCAGAGUUGGCGCCGGUGAAACGCGGAAGCGGUCUGCCCCCUUUUUUCUAUGGUCGGUUCCUGCGAGGAGCCGGUAAUGGUGUCGGACUGAGGGGGACCGUGUUAUCCGAGUAUGGCCACCGACAACCGGAUCAAUUUUUGGAGGAGAAACGUAAAGGUUCCCGGAAGCGUGCAGCCAGUUUAUGGAGCACAGCAUCCACCUCUCGACCCCCGAUUGCGACGCACGUAUCCCAAAGACACAAAGCCCAAGUUCAACAAUCUGAAGACUAAAAAGGCGUCCAGCUUCCACGAGUUUGCUCGCAGCACCAACGAUGCUUGGGACAUCGACGAUGAGGAGGACGAAGAUUUCCUCAGGAACCCUUCGCCGACUCCAUCGGGCCUGCACUCGACGUCAUCCGCACAGAACCAGCAGCAGCAGCAGCAGCAGCAGCAGCAGCAGCAGCAGCAUGAAGCAGGCGACACAGAAAGUGCAGCAUCACACAGACCGCCAUCACCCGUGACACAAGCUGAAAACCUCCAGGAUGUGCAGGAGGAGGAUGCUGAGUGCGAGCAUGUCAACGGGAAGGUUAUCAAGUCCAGCAGUGACGCACACCUCAACACAUCCUCAGUUCGCUCCACGCUGCAGAAGCAGCAGUCUCUCCCGGUCCGUCCCAUCAUCCCGCUGGUGGCUCGCAUCUCGGACCAGAACGCGUCCGGAGCUCCACCCAUGACGGUGCGCGAGAAGAGCCGGCUGGACAAAUUCAGGCAGCUGCUGGCGAGUCCCAACACUGACCUCGAAGAACUCCGGAAACACAGCUGGUCAGGAAUACCGCGAGAGGUCCGGCCCAUCACGUGGAGGCUUCUCUCUGGCUACCUGCCGGCCAACAAAGAGCGCAGAGAGCUGGUGCUGAAACGGAAGCGAGACGAGUAUUUCGGGUUCAUAGAGCAGUAUUACCACUCCAGAACAGACGAGCACUAUAAGGACACGUACAGACAGAUCCACAUCGACAUUCCAAGAACCAACCCUCUGAUUCCCUUGUUCCAGCAGCCUGCAGUACAAGAGGUGUUUGAGCGGAUCCUCUUCAUCUGGGCCAUCCGUCACCCGGCCAGCGGUUACGUCCAGGGCAUCAACGAUCUGGUCACGCCCUUUUUCGUCGUCUUCCUGUCCGAGUUUGUCACGGAGGACGUGGAGAACUUCGAGGUGGCAGCGCUGCCUCUGGACACCCAGAGAAACAUCGAAGCCGACAGCUUCUGGUGCAUGAGCAAGCUGCUGGAUGGAAUUCAGGACAACUACACCUUCGCCCAGCCUGGGAUUCAGAACAAGGUGAAAGCUUUAGAGGAGCUGGUCAGCAGGAUCGAUGAGGACAUUCACAAUCAUUUCAAGAGGUAUGAAGUGGAGUACCUGCAGUUCGCUUUCCGGUGGAUGAACAAUCUUCUGAUGAGGGAGCUGCCACUUCGUUGCACUAUUCGUCUCUGGGACACCUACCAGGCUGAAGCUGAGGGAUUCUCCCACUUCCACCUGUACGUCUGUGCUGCUUUCCUCAUUGAAUGGCGCAAAGAAAUCCUCUCCAUGGUUGACUUUCAGGGCCUUCUCAUGCUACUGCAGAACCUUCCCACAAUCCACUGGGGCAACGAGGAGGUGGGCCUCCUCCUGGCUGAAGCUUAUAGACUCAAGUACAUGUUCGCGGACGCACCGAGCCACUACAAGAGGUAGAGCCGAGGCUUUCACAUCAGGGCUGUACUUUUAAACAUUUAAAAUCAAAAGUCAGAGCGGAAGGAACCACAGCAUCUGAGAUCUUCUACGAGUGUUGUCACUGAGGUAGCCCGGAGAGAGACCUCUGACUUUAACCCUGUGAAAAUGAAGUCCAGUGGAUAUCCCGUGGAUGUUGUGUUGAUGACGCCGCUGCAGCCCGCAGCGCUGCACAGUGAUUGUGGGACUACUCGCGGUCGCUCUGUAUUAAUGGACUGUUACAGUAUAACUAACCAUAGCUGUGCCAUCUGGGUUCACUUAUACUGUUCUUGGUCAUCUCGAGUUAAAUGUACACGCUGUGAUACAAAAGGAUGAUGAAUGUUUGUGAGAUCAUCCUUUUAGUGAAAUCUACAGAUUCUAUUUUUUUGCAGAUUUGUUUUAGCAGUUGUCCUACAAGGGAAAAAAAAUAGUAUAAACCAGGCAACUACAAUACUUUUGUUGUUUUCUUUAUUUAGUCUGACACUGUUUUGCUGUUUUAAAUAAGAUCGGCUUUAGUCCUCCUCCCCUGUUUUCAGAUUAAAGAACCAAUUUGUGAGUAGACGUCUAGUUCAGGCUAAUAAAUCUGCACUGUACAAUCAACUCCUUAAAGCCCGUAGUUUGAGCUCCAACCAGUCAGCUGAGCCGGUUGGCAGUAACUGGUAACUGUGGGUCGUGUUUAGACGUAGAUCUGAGAGUAGCAAGUAGUCGGUACUGUGAUUCACUUCAGGUUGUGUUUAAUAAUGAAGGCAGGAGAACCGACUGGGUGUCAGUUUUCCUUCUUGGUCUUUUAUGAAUCAGAUGGCCAGUUUUUAAAUCAGCUUCCGUGUCCAGACGGGUGACAAAUUAAAGGAAAAAUCAAGAUAAGUGUGUUGAUGAGGUGUUUGGCCACCAAAACUUGAUUCUCCGAGACUCUACUGGAGGAAUGAAACACCAUUUAUCAAAGAGAUGUUCCCCCAUUUGGUGUUUUGAUGAUAAUAAGGGUCCAAAAUCUCCCAUAUGGGUUCAGUCGGGUUGAGAUUUGUUAAGCCUAGAGCAUAAAAUUCACAUCCAUCCACUUAAUCUCCUCACUGGGGUUGCGGGAGGCUGGAGCCUAUCCCACGCUGCACGGGGAGAACAUGUGACUCCGAGCAGAAAGUUCCCAGGUGUCCUCACCGGGACGCGAACUAGCUGCGAGGCAACGGUGCUAACCACCGAGCCACCCUGCAGCCCAUAAAAUUCACAUGUGAGCCCCUGUGUCCUAAAGAUGGAGGCAUCCUGGAAUAAACCGCUCCCAUCAGAGGAUCAAACUGAUCAGUCAGAAGAGCUUUGUAUUGAUUUGCAGUAACUCGUCCCUCUUAAAGAGACAAAAGUCGAGCUGCUGUUGAUUCCCUGGAGACGUAUCAUCAGGGUUACACCAGAAAGCCCCUGAAACUCCCGGUCUUCUACACAAAGAGUAGCAGGUACUUAAUCUUCUAUGGGACGGCCCAAACCAGCAGCAGUCAUACAUGGAGGACUCUAAUUGGUAGAAAGAGCCUGAGGGGGAAGGAGACUGGAAGUGAGAUUUAACAAGAAUAUAAAAACUUUGGUAAGAAAUUCAGGUACUUAUCUCUGCGGAGGCAAUUAUCUCAGGUCUUUUGUCGGUAAAUAAGAGAUCUUGAUAUUGUCUCUUCUCUGAGUAAUUUUGGACCCAAACCAUGCCGACAAAACGCCCCCCCACAGCAGAACAGAACCACCGGAUCCCCUCACUGUAGGCCUCAAUCCACACUCAACCUUCACGGACUGAAUCGAUGUUUGCACAGCUGCAAUUUUUGAGUUUGUGAGGGUUUGAAAUGGUGUAAAACGAAGCACACGCGGCUUAAAAAUACACAUCACGAUUACAUUACGGUCAAUUUGGACAGUUUGAUGAGCUGCUCAGUUGAUUCUCGAUUACGGUGUUUAAACAAACUACCAAACAUCUUUAAAUCCAGCGUAGAAAAUGUCCAAUAAAUAACCACAAGCGUCUCUUUUUCUCUUUAGACGCUGAUACUGAACUCCAACUAACUGUUAAAGACGUCCUGUUUGCAGCGCAGCAGCAGCUUUUUCGCUCUUUUAUUCCGGUUUUUCCUUUAAUCCGUCACCCUGUUUGUCUUUAAAUUUUAAACCUUCUGUCCAGUGUUGCUUUUAACCUCCACACGUCAGCCGAACGGGUCGGAUUUAAUUUGAGUAAAUUUUAUGAUAUUUUAGACUUUAAAAUUUAAAACGUUUUUGGCCUCAGAUCGAGAUUGUGUGAUCAUGUAUGAAACAUUUAAUUCGACACCCGCAGUCACUGUAAAAACCACAUAGAGUUAUAACAAGUAGUAAAAAAAUAAAAAAUGUGGGAUUGCUUCAGUUGAACAGGAUCAUUCCUUUUGCAGAUGUGUUUAAAUGAGGCCCGUUGGUACUGAAGGACGAUGAUGAUGAUGAUGCCUUUUUGUUACGAGCAUUAAUGUACUGUACCGUCAGGCGUGCUUGUGUUUUAUAUUUAAUUCACGUUAGGUUGCUGUUGUAUCUGUGACAUUAUCCAGGUUUAUUUUUACGACAGUGUUGCUGCUUUUCUUUGUGUGUUUUUUGGUUUAAUAUUAACGCGUGUGUGACCUCUCACCUACCUUCAUUGCCAGUGAUAAUUAUAAGCACAGCGUGUUUGAGAGAAACGACAAUCAUUAGCCUUUUUAAACUUCUCAUUUUCUUUUUGAGUUUUGCAGAUCUGCCUCAAAAUCAAACGGCUCCGAAGGCGAUGCUGGAAAGAAUCUAGUGUGGUUCGAGCAGCUCAGCCUGAAUCCUGAGCUUCUUAAUGGCAUUAUAUGAAGUAGAGAUGCUGUGGUACUUAAACCGAGGCAGUGAAGUCAAUUAUCUUUCAUUUACGACGCUGUCAAACACUUGGUUCGUUUUUGAUAAUCCUGCAUUCUUUGGUCUUCAUCGGCCGCUUUUUGAAUGUCGUAGUCGGUUUCCUCCAUCCAGGCGAGACGUCUGAUUGUGUUUGACCGCCACGAUGGUAUCGAUCACUCCAUGCUGUUCUUCAUGUCCAGGUGUUCUCAGAAAUGUUCAUGACUAAAGGCUGACAAUAAAAAAACAAAACCGUGUUUCACAAGUGUUUCACCAGUAACAUGCCAAACCUUUAACAGGCCAAUACGAUCUGUUCCGUAGAGAGCUUCAGUAGUCGGCGCCGGCUUCAGCCUUAAACGAAGAAUUAUUAUUAAAUUAUUACAGUACCUGCUGUAUAUUCACUUUUUUUGUUUAUAUUAAACGAAUUGUUAUUCUUCA